AUUUAUUUUUGAAAUGUUUAGAAUAUAAUUUUUUUUUCUUUGAGGCUUUACAAAUCCAAAUUGACAAGAUACUGAGCUGCAAAUUAAAGAAGCCAGCAAGAACUCAGCCUAUAGCUAAGGUUCAAAACAAGCCACAGAAAAUGUGGCUUGUUGACUUCUUCUUACCAAAAAAAAAAAAAAAAAAAAAAAAAAAAAAAAAGGCCAAAACACCGCCUUUGCGACAAAGGCACAAUAAAAUUUCAACUCUUAAAAAGAAGUUUCCCUUCUUGUCCUUAGCACUAUAAAAACACACAACCCACCUCACAUUUUUGUACUACCAACAUUCAACAAUGGCUAUCAAACAUCAACCCACAUCUCUACUCCUCUCCCUUGUAUUCCUAGCCCUAGUCCACACCUCCUUCGCCGCUGGCAUCGCCGUCUACUGGGGCCAAAACGGCAACGAGGGAACCCUAGCCGAAACAUGUGCCACUGGAAGAUUCUCCUACAUCAACAUAGCCUUCCUCAACAAAUUUGGCAACGGCCAAACCCCCGAAAUCAACCUAGCCGGUCACUGCAACCCUGCAACCAACGGUUGCACCAUCAUGGGUGACGGAAUACGUUAUUGCCAAAAACGAGGCAUUAAGGUCAUGCUCUCCCUCGGGGGAGGCAUUGGAAACUACUCGCUAGCUUCCAAAGCUGACGCAAGAAACGUCGCACGUUAUCUGUGGAACAACUUUUUAGGGGGACGUACAAUUUCACGGCCAUUGGGAAAUGCUACAUUGGACGGGAUUGAUUUUGACAUAGAGCUCGGGUCGACCCAACAUUGGGAUGACCUUGCAAGAUAUUUAUCAGCUUAUAGUAAGUAUGGUAGAAAAGUGUACCUAACAGGGGCACCACAAUGUCCAUUUCCUGAUAACUUUUUAGGGACUGCCCUCAAUACUGGCCUUUUUGACUAUGUUUGGGUACAGUUUUAUAACAACCCUCCUUGCCAAUACACUUCUGGAAAUGUUGAUAACCUGAAAAGUUCAUGGAAGGUUUGGACUACAUCCAUCAAAGCUAGGAGGAUAUUCUUGGGGUUGCCGGCGGCUCCGCAGGCGGCCGGAAGCGGGUUUAUUCCGGCCGACGUGUUGACUUCGCAGAUUAUUCCGGUGAUCAAGAGGUCACCUAAGUAUGGUGGUGUGAUGCUUUGGUCAAAAUAUUGGGAUGAUCAGAGUGGGUAUAGUUCUUCUAUUAGGAGCAGUGUGUGAAUUGAAUUAGUCUCUCUUUUUUGUUUGUUAGGUUUUGCUCUAUUUUGAUUUGAAUUAAUAAAUUGGAAACUCUUUUAUAUUUUA